AGUUCGGAAAUCGGAAAUGACGAGUCGGUUGAAAGAGGACGAGAAAAACGAGAGAAGUAUAAGAAAUCUUCUUAAACUUCCUCAGAAUCGAAGGUGUAUCAACUGCAACAGUUUGGGACCUCAAUAUGUAUGCACAAACUUCUGGACAUUUGUUUGCACUACUUGCAGUGGAAUACACCGUGAGUUCACUCAUAGGGUAAAAUCAGUUUCAAUGGCCAAAUUUACUUCACAGGAAGUUAGUGCCCUUCAAGGAGGGGGUAAUGCGGUAAUAUAUUCUUGCAUGAAUCUACAUAGAAAAUUAAUCUUUUACGGCUUGAUGCUAUAUAAUCCAUGCAAGUCUUCCAAAUUUGAUUCCUUUUACUUGCUAUAUCAGAGUGCCAGGGAAAUUUACUUUAAAGAAUGGGAUGCUGCUCGUCAAUCUUUCCCAGACAGUAGUAAUGUUGAGAGGCUCCGGGACUUCAUUAAGCUUGUCUAUGUCAAUAGAAGAUAUACUGGAGAGAAGAGCUUUGACAAGCCUCCGAGAGUGAAAACGGGGGAAGCAGAAGAUUCUUAUCAAGGAGGCUCUAGAAGCCCGCCUUUUGAGAAUGAGCGUCGUUACAGUGAGAGGUCUACUCCUGGUGGAAAAAGUGGUGACAGAAGUUUCAAAGAUAGCUACAACGAAAGGCGAAGUCCAGGAUACGAUCAAGAUUUCAGUAGAAGCCCUCCGGCUGCAUGUACAGAGACUAUCAAUGACUGGCGGCGAGAAGAUAUAUUCAGGGAUGGAAGGAGAGCUGAAGAUGGGAAAUUCCCUGAUGGUGGAGGUUCCAAGGUUGAAGGUAAAUCCCCUGACCAUCAAAGAGAUCCAGACAUGUCUAGCCCCCCUAUAGUAAGACCUGUUAGGGAUAUGGGAGAGAAAGUGUCUCCGCUUCGGGUUAUUGAACCUCCAAAAGUCGAUGGACCGAAGCCAUCAGAUGGCUCCUCGCGUACGCAGAGAACUGUAUCUUCUAGUGGCUUGGCAUCUUCUAAUGGGAAUCCAGCUGAACUUAGAACAGAAAGUUCAUUAAUUGAUUUUGAUGCUGUUCCUGAACCCACUUCAACUGUUCCAGUGCCACAAAUACAACAGAGUGCUUCUUCUCCAGCCCUAUUUGCCCCUCAGCCAACAACAUCAUCAAAUAACAAUUGGGCUAAUUUUGAUUCAGUUCAAGAGGUGAAAGCACCUCAUGCUCCUACAAACACCAACUUGCUAGAUGUACUUUCUGAAUUAUCAGUUCCAUCAUCAUUACCUGGGGGAGUUGGUGCUUCACUGGCCACACCUGGGGGAUCAUCAUUCCCAUCCAAUGCUACUCCACAAGCUGCACCACCAGGGCAUGUACAAUGGUCAUCUUUUGGCACAAGUGCUCCUGUUGCUGCACCAAUAAGCCACUCGACAGUUGCUCCUGGAGGCGCUCAAGCAGCAACUCCUGGGCCUAAUGCCUUUUUCAAUACUGCUGAUGGUGGAUGGUGGCAAAAUGUGCAUCCUCAGCAAAAUCGUCUCCCUGUCACUGGUAAUCAGGCUCCUGUCCAGUCAUUUAAUCAGGCUGUUGGUGGAUCUCAAAACAACCAGCCAUGGAAUCCUUCACUUAGUGGGAAUUCUCAAGGUGCACAGUCUCAAGUUACUCAUGGGGUUGAUGUUAAACCGACUACUAAAAAAGAACUACCGGUGGAUUUAUUUACUUCCAAUUAUUCAUCCUUUGCUGCUCCGAAUCCGGGCUGGUUCCCUGCCCCCCAAUAUGGCAUGGGAUUCAACAUGCACUAUAAUGUUCCAGCGCCCAUGCCACCAGCUUUCUUGCAGCCAUCAAGUCCUUCAAUUCCAUUUGAUGUCAAUGAAUCAUCUCCAGCUCAAGCUACAACAUUUCCGUCGAUGGCACCUUUGCAAGGGGCUCUACCUCCAUCAGUAGGCAUAUACCGUACAUCGAGCCUUGGUACUCAUCCGCCAGCAUGGAUGCCAACCCAAUCAUUCCCAUUAAGCAUACAGCGUACUUCAAGCCUUGGUACUCCUUCACAAGCAUCUCAUCAUCAAUUACCAAUGCCAACCCAAGUACCUUCUUAUGGAUCACCAAUGCCUUCUGGUCUACUAAUGGGAACAGCAGCUCCCAGGCCACAAGUAGAUGGUGGUUUUGGAUUGGGUAACAACUCUUUUGGAACCUUGAAUGUUGGUCAACAGCAAAGUGGUUCUAGUUUCUCACCGAACCCAUUUGGUUAAAUGCAUCAUCCUGUUGCUUGGUUCUAAGUCUCUGGUAAGUUUCUUCCCUCAAAGAUAAGAGGUGAGGGGAGGGGAAGUUUUGGUGUUGUUUCGUGUGUUGGUUGCUUUGCUUCCCUCGCAAUCUGUAUAUGUUUUUAAAUUUGGUUUAUAUGUUAAGAGUCUACUUCUUUUACAAACCCAAUAAUUCGUACAAAAAUCAGUUUUCAUGGUGUUGUGUGAAAAUGUAGUGUUUAUACAAAUGUUGUUUCAUAUGUGAAACUUUCAGGAUUGUUUCCUUCACACAAAACUGUCUCGAACGUUUCAUAUAUGAAACAACACUGUAUAAACACCGUCAUUUUUACACGUGUUGUUCCAUAUGUAAAGCAACAUAUAGAAACUGAUUUGUAAGUUCUUUUUAAUAAUUUAUUGGGUUUGUAAAUGAUUAUGCAUUUUUAUACAUAUAUUUAGGGAGAGUUGUAUAUGUAUAUUUAUCCUUUUCUUUUGACCCACCAUCUUGCAACUCUAGAUUGUUCAUAUAUGUAUAUGGAUCUUGGCUUGAUUAAUGUAUUGGUUUUUACCUUUUUU